AAAGAGGGUCUGAGGGUUUUGCUGAGGCAUCACAACCCGACAUAUAAACCCUUUUCCUCUUUCACCGGGAGAGUUUGGCCGUGUCUCCUCUUCAUCCACACGUGUAUCCCGGUUCUCUUCCUCCUCUUCCUCCUCUCAAUAGGUUGUGGACCGAGAAGCCGAACGCCAACAUGUCUCAGAAAAAGAUGACCUCCAGCCGCAGGCACCACCUGAAGAGUCUGAUCCUGAGCAUCGCUCAGAAGUGGCUGGACGAAGAGACGAAGGAGGACCUGCUGGCCAGACAGACUUACAUGGCCGAGAACUGCCCCCCCGCCCAGAUGAGCGGAGACCAGGCCACCCUGAUGGAAUACUGCAAGAAGCUGAACGCCACGAUCGACCGGAUCGAUGAGGAGAGGUACGACAUCGUGGGGAAAGUGCAGAAGGCCGACGUCGAGAUUCAAGACCUGAGGAUCAAGGUGGUGGACCUGGGCGGCGUGAAGAAGCCGGCCCUGAAGAAGGUCCGCAUGUCGGCCGACGCCAUGCUGAAGGCCCUGCUGGGCUCCAAGCACACGGUCAACUUGGACCUGAGGGCCAACCUGAAGCAGGUCAAGAAGGAGGUCAAGGAGGAGCCGACAGAAGCCGCCGGCGACUGGCGUAAGAACAUCGAGGACAAGGCCGACAGGAAGAAGAUGUUCGAGACUUCCUAGAGACGCGCCGCUGCCGCUCGUCUUUCUGUUUUUAUCAACUUCACGUGUCUUAUCUGUGUUGGUGGAGCCGGACGGAGCUGAGUGCAGCGGGUUAGAGGAGGUCCCGGAGGGUCUGAGAGGCCUCGCUCUGCGUGGGAGGAUCUCAGUUUUGUGUGUGUGCGUUAGUCGAGAUGCAGGUGGAGGAGGAGGUUCACACACCAACACACAGCCAAGUCUUAAACGCCGCGGUCAGGGAGGCUUUCACACCCACCGUGUUGAACGGAAUAAACUCACAUGUGGAAGGAAA